UAAUGUAAGAGUUAACAGAACUUAAGAACCUAGUUAUAUAAUCUCUUGAGGCAAAUGGAUCUCUGGCUAAGAUUAGAGCUUAAAUUAGAGCAUCUGUCUUUAAUGUGGUUGAUUAGUAAGAAGGCAAUAGUAAAAAGCCAUCCCCAUUUUUCUGGGAAAAUAAUAAAGCUUAGACAAUAUAUGAAUUGGGUUGUGGUCGAGACAUGCUGGAAUUGAUUAAAGAAUUUUUCCUCUUUUUCGACAUGCAUUAUACAAAUUCAAUAUUUUCAAGGUAUUAACUUUGAAUGAUUUUUUAGUGAAAGUAAUUUGAAAGAUGAAAUUAAUAGAGAGUAGAUUGCCAAGAAAUUAAAUAUAGAAGCCAAUGAUACAACAAAGCCAUUGUUAUUUUUCUUAUUAAAAAAUAGACAUUCAGAAAAACAAUCGUAAAAUAUUCAUCAAGAUAUCAUUUAGUGAAGAAAAAGCACCUUAAAAGAAUGCUCAGCCACCUCAAAAAGAAGCCUAACUACAGUAGUAAUAGCAAUAGCAAAAAUAAUAAUAAGAAUAAAAAUUAUAAGAACAGAAAAAGCAAGAGGAGCUGAGAAAAUAGGAGGAUCUUAAAAGGUAGGAUGAAUAGAGAAAAUAAUUAUAAGAAGAAUAAAAGAGAUAGGAUGAAUUAAAAAAAUAGUAGGAUGAAUAGAAGAGAUUAGAAGAGUAAAAAAAGGAGUAGCAACGAAAAUAAUAAGAAGAAUAAAAGAAAUAAGAAGAGUUGAAGAAGCAAUAAGAACAAUAAAAAUAGGAGUAAUAGAAGUAAGAGUAACAAAAGAAGGAAUAAGAAAAAUUGAAAGAAUAGUAAAAGUAGCAGGAAUUAUUAAAAUAACAAUAAGAAAGAGAAAAAUAAGAGGCAGCUUAAAAAAAACCUUAACAAAAGAAGUUUGAUAACAGAAAUUUCGAAGAUGAGAAAUAUGAUAAUGAAGAUUUUGAGGAAGAAUUAGAGGGAGAAGUAUAAUUAUUAUAAAUUUAGGAUUUGAGGGAUUCGUAGUUACAAUAGGAUUAGUUUUAAGAAUCAGAUGAAUAUAUGCAACAAUCACAAUCUUAAGGAAUCGAUAUGACAGUUGAUUCAGCUGCAUUAGAAGAAUUUGAUUACUUUGAGGAGAUUGAAGAGAUGGAUUGA